CUUGUUAAAUCCGAAUCUUGCCACACAGCGGCGAGAAAUAGCCGAUCAGGCAGGAGUCAGAAGGUACAGCAGUGCAUCUCCGGCGAGAUCUUUACCGUGUUUCAGAGCACAAUAAGCGUCUCCAAAGUCAUGUUUUUUCUCGGUGUAGUGAGGCAACAAGUUUUGGAUGCAUACAAAAUGCGUUCUAUUAUUUUCUGCGCCAUUGUGCUAUUGAUUGCCGUUACAGGUGGUGUUACAGAUAAAAUCGAAUCAGUGUCAUUGUAUGAGGGAGAUUCUGUUACUCUACACACUGAUAUUAAACUACAGAGAGAUGAUGUGAUCGAGUGGAGGUUUGGUGAUCAAAAGUAUCUCAUCGCUAGAAUCAAAAGGGUGGCCAAUUUACUCAAAAUAUUUGAUGAUGUUCUUGAUGGGAGAUUCAGAGACAGACUGCAGUUAAAUGAUCAGACUGGAGAUCUCACCAUCACAGACAUCACAACUCAACACACUGGAAACUAUAUAAUGGAUAUCCACGGAGUGAAGUUUACAACAAAGACAUUCAACAUAAGUGUGUCUGGUGAUAAAGUGAAGACAGAGAUGAAGGGAGAUUCAUUCAUUCUACACAAUAAUGUUACCAAGAAACCAGGAGAUGAGAAGAUUGUGUGGAGGAUUAAACACAACAACUCUACUGUAGCUGAAAUAAUCAGAAAUGGAAAGGAGACAAAUGAUGAAGUUCAUGAUGAGAGGUUCAGCGGCAGACUGAAGGUUAAUGAUCAGACUGGAGAUCUCACCAUCACAAACAUCAGACCUGAUGACUUUGGAUCUUAUGAAGUAGAUAUCACUGUCGGCAGUCACACGUAUACUGUACACAGAUCAUUCAAUGUUAAUGUCAAAGGUGAAGAUCAGUCUUCUAGUAGCUCUCAAGGUGUUAUAGCAGGAGUCUGUGUUGUUCUUCUGGUUCUUGCUGUCGCAGUUUUUCUUUACAGACGUCUCUCCAGGACUACUAGUGUCACGACGAGAGAGAGAGAUGGCAAGAGAGAGACGGUAGAGGAAGAUGAAGGCCCCCCAAUAAAUGAUGAUGAGAUGGGAAAAGAGUUGACUGAGAUGAAAAAGCCUUUAAAGACUGGAAGCACCGGCAGCACUGAUGUUCCUUAAGUAUAAAAUGAUCAACAAUCAAAACACAUCAACAUUAUUGUGACUUACAUCACUCUAAUUUCAAUGACUUUAAAACCUGCCCACCUGUAUGCUGAUAAGGAACUGAAACAGAAGAAAAGAUCAAGACUACAGAAACACUGAAAUAAUGCUAAAGAUAAACAUGAAUAAGUAAAUAACAGUAAAUGAUGUCAAAUUCAGAUGUGCAGUUCACGCUGAUCUGCAGACAAAUCCAUUAACGUCAAUUUAUAAUCAGGAGUGCACAUUACUGGUGGGCUUAAAAUGUAUGUGUAAGCAGUGAUGCAGUCAACCGAUUGGCCAAUUUAAAUAUUUAAGCACAAAAAGACACAGACAUUUUAACACUAAAUUAUCUCAAAUGGUGCUAUUAUAGUAGUACAUAGUCUUUUACACAAAAAAUUUAUAUAAACGGUUAAGAAAUAAAAUGUGUGUGUAGCAAUAUAUUGGAUCGUGCACAAAGUGACAGUAGAUGCUGAUUUUAAUGUAAAUCAAACCACAAACAAAGAAAAUUAUAAUUUCCUUGUCUUGACUAAAUAACAUUUGUAACCUUAGUAAGAAUGAAUCCAAUUUAAACGGUAAAAACUAGGCAGUAUUUUCUGAUUACUUUUUUCUCCGUUUCUGUUCUUCACAUGAAAACCACAGGCCAACCACAAAACAUAAACAGCACUGUUUAUUUAAUUUUUAUGUUUGUUCUAUUGUAUUUUUUUGUGUUAUUGUUCAUAAUGUAAUUUAUUUUUUAUUUAACCAUUAUUGUCUUGAAGGUUGCAAUGAAAAAAAAUAGUAAUUUGUUUUGGAAUAUUGUGGAAAUGUUUUUUUACAAAUGUGGCCUCAUAAGCUUUAAUCAAAAACACAAAUUUCCCCUCCCCACAACGAUCUAACUUUACUUCUGGUCAUAUGGUAAGGCAGGAAGAAGAUCGCUGAGAUUAGCCAUUAGCAACACUACCCAAAUUCAAACGAUCCAAUCCAGCCCUGCCUCCAUUUCAUUUCAAAAGCCAGUUUCACUUGGAUAUACGUUUCCACGGGGAAAAUAAGACAAUCACUACUUCCGUUUCAUGGCGACUUUAACAAUACGAGACAUUUUUGAGUAAGCUAGUAGGUAUUUAUGAAGGUUUUCACAAGGCAUAUAUUAUUUUGUUCAUCGUCUACCAUGCUAUGAAUAUGUGUGAAACAACAUCUCCAGGUACUCUUUUGGUGCUGUUUAAUGUUUGCUGUAUAUCUAUAGCUGAAGAAUGACUGUUACAUUGCUUAUAUUGCUACCAUUAGAUGCCUUAACAUUAAAUAAAAAUUAGCUUUUGUUAUUCAGUGUUAUACUACUUUGAUAUGUGCAAGAUUGAAUGGAAGGACAUUUUUUUUUAUUUUACCAUUCAGAUCAACUCUAUGCUUUUUUAUUGGUUAGUUUUAGGCUUUGAUCUGAAUUACAAAUACACCCAGAACUAAACCUUUACAUUCUUCCAAUGCUGAACUGUAUUAUGUGUCUGUGUUUGUAUGUUUGUACGUAUGUUUUUACUUCAAUAAAGUACGAUUUGUUUCACA